AUGCUAAUCAAGACACCCCGCCAGUUAUCCGAUCUUAGUGAUCUCCUCAAUUACACGAGUAUCAUGGGUUUUGAUUACGGUCUCAAGGAUAGAUAUGACGUCACGGCGGACUGGACACCAGCAGGGAUGAAGUUAUUGAAGAACGAUAAAGUGAUACAAAGAUUUGAUGAUGAUAAGCGCUUUGGAGUAGACGAAAUGAUGAUAAUGACACUAUACGAGAACUACCUGGGAUUAGACGGCCAAAUGGAGUCGAAUUGUGUAAAAGAGCGAGAAGAUAAGUUGACGAGACUGAACUACUGGAAUCUCAACCAACCAGACGGUGUCUAUCAGGACUGCAAAUCCAACUGGCUUCGACAUUCACUUUGUGUUUUUGGAGUGGAGUAUCUCAAGGAAAUUUCAGAGAGUCCUAUGGUUUUAGCGAACAAAGUGGUAGAGGACUUUGAUUUCGGUACGGUUCUAUGUGUGAGGGAGAUGAUGAAAAAUGGGAAAACUGGGAAGAAUCCGGAUACUGAUUGGUUGGCUUCAAAUUUUCCACAGUUUAGGGAGAUGCAGAUGAAAGCGAAUGAGACUUUUGUUAGAGGGAGCUUUGAGUGUUAA